UGGGUGUUGAAUCCACCCUGCGUGGCUCUACCCAGUGGGAGAUCAGAAAGCUCAGCGUAGAGAGGCUUGGAGAAGGCGACAGCACACACACAGCCCUGCGGUGCAGCCGAGCAGCGCUCACUCGCUGUCUGCACCUGUGAUCCAAGCAGGCUCAGGAUCCUGGCGCUUGGCCAUGAUAAGGAGAGGCGUCCAGGCGAUAGCAAGGCUCGGCCACCCCGGAGCCCUCCCCGGGGCCUCCUGUGUCCUGCCCAGACUUGACCUUGCCUCGGCGUUUGCCUCCUCCACGGACAACCUGAUCUCGAGAUUCUGUCUACAGAAGACGGACCUGAAGGACUAUGCCCUUCCUAAUGCCAGCUGGUGUCCCGACAUGCUGAGCCUGUACCAAGAGUUUCUGGAGAAGACCAAGUCUGGCGGCUGGAUCAAGCUGCCUUCCUUCAAGUCCAACAGAGACCACAUCCAGGGGCUGAAGCUCCCCUCGGGGUUGGCGGUCACCUCGGACAAAGGUGACUGGCGCAUCUUCACCAGGUGCAUCCCAGCGGAAGGGCAAGGUUACGAGUAUGUCAUCUUCUUCCACCCAUCCGAGAAGAAGUCUGUCUGUCUUUUCCAGCCAGGCCCCUACCUAGAGGGGGCCCCCGGGUUCGCACACGGAGGGUCCCUGGCAGCCAUCAUGGACGAGACCUUUUCCAAGACAGCCUACUUGGCUGGAGAGGGGCUGUUCACACUAAGCCUCAGCAUCAGGUUCAAGAACUUGAUCCCCCUGGGCUCUCUGGCGGUCCUGAACGUUGAAGUGGAGAAGAUCGAGGACCAGAAGCUGUACAUGUCCUGUGUCACCCAGAGCAGAGACCAGCAGAUAGUCUACGCCAAGUCCUCAGGUGUUUUCCUGCAGCUGCAGCUGGAAGAAGAGUCACUCCAGUAACAGUCACUGUGCCACCAGCAGAGCCUCCGCCCAUGCCCCACCACGGCGCAUGGACAGGGUCUAAGAAGCAGCUGGUAGCCGGGGCAGGGGGAGGGGGAGGCACCUUCCUCUGAGCAAAUAAAUCCUCAAAGCCCCA